AACAUAAGUAUGCGUAUGUGUGGAACUAUUGGAAAUGUAGUUUAACGGCCGUUCACGCCAACCUUUCAUACGGUCUGAUUUUAACCUACAUUUUAACCUGAUUUUCAAUCUUUUGCCACACUUACUGAAAUGCAUGACUAUUGUUUCGUUCUCAUUGGACUUCUUCUUUGAACAUUUGUGUCAAGGAAACGUUACCCUUGAAAUCAAAUAGCAAAAGACGUUGUAGUUCGUUUCCUUGUUUACGUUUAAACUAGUCUUAGCAAACACAUCUUUGCGUCAAUUUGGUCAAUUUUUUUUACGGAACAUUUAAUCUUGGCAAAAAGACAUUCAUGAGGCCACAGCUCUUGGUGGUUAGCCUGUUGGCCCUGUGUCGCAUGCCUGCUGGGAGGGCCUGUCUGCAGUGUGACCGCAAGACCCGACUCCUGCACGAGGACUUCCUCCUGUCGGCUGCCAGCGUGGAGAAGCAGAUUGCCCUCACGGAUAUCAGGGACCACGCCUAUGUCACCUACAGGCAGACUAGCCAGGCACACCGUGGCGUCAUUGAUCCCACCACUUUUUACAGAGUAAGCACUGAGUACCACAGUGAAUUCAAUCGCAUCAAGAAGACCCUGCAACCAGGUUCAGGGACAAUUGACGCCAUUCAAAUCAUGGAGAAGGGCCGGAAAAUCUUAGAGAAGCACUUGGUUAUUUUCAUCCGUGAAGGACUGUGCCCUAACAAGUGUGGGCAGCUGUAUCAAAGAGUGAUAGACUGCUCCUCCUGCAAAUACAAGUUAUACAAUUGUCCUUCUCCCCCACACCAGCUGGACUGUGGCGAGCACCAUUUGGAGGCUGAAGAAGGGGACCAGGCUGUGUUGAACUGUUUCCUGCCCUGGCACAGCCUGAUUCAGGGAACACCAGAGUACCACUUUACCUGGGCUCCCGGCCCCCCUGGAUCCACACAGCUGGAAGAAAGCGAUUUCCAAACCCUGGUAGUCACCGAGGAGCCAUCGGUGGUGCUGAAUCAGCUGCACGCGAAAGAACAAGGGACGUACCGCUGUUCACUGCAGGACCGCAAGGCCACCGUCUUCUCCACAGUCACCUUCUUUCUCACUGUCACAGCUCUGCCCACCCAAACUCCCAUGCAGCUAAUCACGUUGCCCACCCUGCCUCCAAGAUACACCUCAUCGACUCUUCCACUUACCAGAUACCAGUUGCUGUCUAUCAUUGCCACGGUGACCGCCCUCAGCCUGGUAGCCAGCAUAGGCCUCACAGUGGCCCUUGGACUGACAAUGAAGAGGAAGAUGAAGGAGCUAAGAGCAAGGAGAAUGGUGUCAGUUUAUUAACAAAGUUUCAGCUCCCGAAAUAAAACUCCAACUCAACGCUUAUCAUUCUCUGCAGUCAAGGCUUUAAUCCUAUCAUGGGAUAUUUACGAUUCAGUCCUUUAGCAGAUGCUAUUAUCCAAAUGAUAUCAAGUAGCAGGUAGGGGUUUGUUUUAUUCCUCAAGUGUGGGCAGUUGGUUAAGGGAAUAUAAAAGUACAGUUUCAUUAGA